CGCCCCUAUUUGGGCGUCUCCCGUCUUCAGAAUCAACUAGGAAACUUGACACCUCUGGGCUUGGGAGUGGUUGCCUCUCUGCCUGACAGGCUUGUAAACCUCAGCUCCGCGCGCUUCCACCCAUCUCUGUGACUUGUCCCGAGAGAAGGGAAGGGAGGGAGAAACAUUGGUCAGCUGCCUCUUGUGCCCCAAACCCGGGACAGCCCAGGCAUGUGCUCUGAUCAGGAAUCGAACUGGUGACUCUUUGUGGGACAACGCUCAACCAGCUGAGCCAAGCAGCUCCGCUGGGAGGAGUAGGCGCCGUGCCUGUGGUUGAAGACCCAGGUUCCCUAACAAACAAACGAGCUUUGGAGGCAAACAACCUUCUGACUCGCUGAGACCGGGUCAGCCCUGUGAGGCCAUCAGCUGCUGUCCCAGGGUCCUUCCUAAUGGCAGCAGAGCCACUGACUGAGCUGGAGGCGGCCAUCGAGACAGUGGUCACCACCUUCUUCACCUUUGCAGGGCGAGAGGGCCGGAAGGGCAGCCUCAGCAUCAAUGAGUUUAAGGAACUGGCCACUCAGCAGUUGCCUCACCUGCUCAGGGAUGUGGGCUCUUUAGAUGACAAGAUGAAGAGCUUGGAUGUGAAUCAGGACUCAGAGCUCAAGUUCAAUGAGUACUGGAGGCUGAUUGGGGAGUUGGCCAAGGAGAUCAGGAAAGAGAAGGCCCUGGAGAUCCGGAAGAAGUAAAACUUGCUGGCCAGGAUGCUGGGUGGGGGGUGGGCAGGGCAGGGCAGGACCACACAGAACCCCAUUCCCCCAAAUAAAACUUCCUCCUUAAAACA